ACCGCCCACGCACACUUUUGCCUCCCGUUCCCACUCUCUCAAAACCCUCCCGACUCCGUCCGUCCGAUUGAACAACGAGAAUGACCGCCGAGGUACUCUCGCACCAAAACGGUGCCGUCAUAUCCAACGGAGAUCUGAAUAAAAAAAACUCUAACGCGAACCCGUCCGUCGCCUCCAAGAAGUCUCGCGAGAGCGAACGACGUCGUCGCAGGCGCAAGCAGAAGAAGAACAAGAAGACCUCACAGCUGCAAAAUGACGCCGCAAAUGGUGCGGUUUCGGAAGGCGGCGACAGCGACGCCGGCGAAGAUGAAACGAAGGAAAACUCCGAUCCUCAACAGAUCACGGAACAAGUUGUGGUUGAGUAUGUUCCUGAAAAAGCUGAGUUAGAUGAUGGUAUUGAUGAGGAAUUUAGGAAGGUUUUUGAAAAAUUCAUCUUCUGGGAAGCUGCUGGUUCUGAGGAGACGGAUAAGAAGGAUGAGUCUGCUCAAGAUGCGGAUGCAAAGAAAAAGGAUGAUUCUGACUCAGAUGAGGACGAACAGGAUAAUCAACAAAAAGAGAAAGGCGUAUCAAAUAAGAAGAAGAAGCUUCAAAGGCGGAUGAAAAUUGCUGAACUGAAACAGAUUUGCUCAAGGCCUGAUGUUGUGGAGGUCUGGGAUGCAACCGCUACAGAUCCUAAGUUGCUGGUUUUUUUGAAGGCAUACCGAAAUACUGUUCCUGUGCCAAGGCAUUGGUGCCAGAAAAGGAAAUAUUUGCAGGUUAGUGAUUCUUGGGGAGCGGCUGUGACAACCUUGGAGCCUGGACUUGGAAAGCGUGGUAUUGAGAAGCAACCAUUUCAGCUUCCCGAUUUCAUUGCUGCGACAGGAAUUGAGAAAAUUAGACAGGCUUACAUUGAAAAAGAGGACAGUAAGAAGUUGAAACAAAAGCAACGUGAGCGUAUGCAGCCAAAGAUGGGGAAAAUGGAUAUUGACUAUCAGGUUCUCCAUGAUGCAUUCUUUAAAUAUCAGACAAAGCCAAAGCUGACAACUCAUGGGGACCUCUAUCAUGAAGGGAAGGAAUUUGAGGUAAAGUUGCGGGAGAUGAAACCAGGCUCUCUAUCACAUGAAUUGAAAGAAGCACUUGGUAUGCCGGAGGGUGCUCCACCACCAUGGCUUAUCAAUAUGCAGAGAUAUGGUCCUCCACCAUCAUACCCACAUUUGAAAAUACCAGGGCUAAAUGCACCCAUCCCUUCUGGAGCAAUCUUUGGUUAUCACCCUGGUGGCUGGGGCAAGCCUCCAGUAGAUGAGUAUGGACGACCUUUGUAUGGAGAUGUUUUUGGAGUUCAGCAGCAAGAACAACCCAACUAUGAGGAGGAGCCUGUUGAUAAGUCAAAGCACUGGGGUGAUUUGGAGGAAGAGGAAGAGGAAGAAGAGGAAGAGGAAGAAGAGGAGAUUGAGGAAGAGGAGUUAGAGGAUGGCAUUCAAUCAGUCGAUAGCCUUUCAAGUACUCCUACUGGAGUUGAGACACCUGACGUCAUUGACCUUCGUAAACAGCAGAGAAAGGAGCCUGAGAGGCCUCUUUACCAAGUACUUGAAGAAAAAGAAGAGAGGAUUGCCCCUGGGACUUUACUUGGUACAACACACACUUAUGUGGUUAACACUGGAACUCAAGACAAGUCAGCAGCCAAAAGGGUUGAUCUUCUUAAGGGUCAAAAAUCUGACAGGGUGGAAGUUAGUCUACAGCCAGAGGAGUUGGAACUUAUGGACAAUGUGUUGCCUGCAAAGUAUGAAGAAGCUAGGGAGGAGGAGAAGCUACGAAGUCAGCGUGAGGACUUCAGUGAUAUGGUGGCUGAGAAUGAGAAGAAAAGGAAGCGAAAGAUGCAGGAGAAAGAGGGGAAAUCAAAGAAGAAGGAUUUCAAAUUCUAAGGAGGCCAAGAAUUUUUUCUUCCUGGUGUUAGGAAUAGAAGCUAGCGUUUUAACGUCUCGGAAUUACCGGCCUGGAUUAUCUAUGUUUAUUUGGAAGCUGACUUACUCUCUCCCGUGGAGAAUCAGAGUUCCUU